AUGGGUGUACAGGUACCAGCUCCAAUUUACCCGUAUCCUUCGUAUUUCAUACCCGCUGAAGAGAUAGUGACACUUAAAUGGACCUAUGAACAAUAUACACCAUUUUCAACCACAUCAUCACCACCAUCAAAUCCUUCCUCUGCGGACGAUCGAAUAUCAUCCUCUAACGUAUCAUCAACAUCAUCUCCAAAUACUUUUAUAGGAAGACAACCUGAAGAACCUGUUAAACGUUUAAUUCUUGAAACUUUUGCUCGUGAUGGAAGAAUAAGUCAUUUAUACAGAAUUUUUUCCUAUUUUCCAACUUUUACGGAAAAGUAUCAAGCUUCUUUUCGUAAGAUUGUUGAAGAUAUGGGUCCUGCUGCAUCUCAACACAAAUGUCAAUACCUUGUAUCACUAUUCAAACAUGAUUUUAUAAAUCAAAAUGGAGAUGCUAGAUGGCUUGAGGGUUUACAAUACGCCUCGGAAAAAAUAAAAAGUUUAGCUAGAUUGAAUACUAUUUUGGCUCAUAAACCAUGGGAACUUAGACCAAGUCAUAUAGAUGAUCUUAUAAAAGGUGCAAAUAAUCCUAAUGGUUAUUGGAAACGAUCAGAUGUUAUUCAUAUUAUUUUAGUUAUGGCAACAUUUCAUAGUUUAAGUAGUUUCGUAAUGGGAUGUGGUAUAGUUCCAGAAUAUGAUACAAAAGGUGGAAAUUAUAUACCAUCAGUAUUAACUCCAAAUUUAUUUGGUUAUGAUGAUUCGGAAUCUUCUUAUGGAAUUUUGGAUUUAGAUUCUUCUGAUGGAAAAAUUCGUCCUGAUGUAGCUGCUGGUUUAGGUGUAAUUAUACCUAUUGAUUCACUUGCUAAAACUUCUUCUGAUUUAAUAUCAAAUAAUGAUGAUGAUGAUCGUUCAUUACCUAAUCAACAACUUAAUGAGUCCUCUAUUACUUCUGUUACUUCGGUUGAUGAUGAUGAUCAAUGUACUUUAAAUACUAGUCAAUUGAUUGAAAGGUUGAAAUGUAAACGUGAAACUUCGGCUUUUGAUAAUGAUGAGAAUUCAAGAGAUAUCGAAAAUGUCGAAACUGAAGAAAUGUCUAAGCACGAUUCGCCAAACGAUACAACCGCGUUCUUAUCACGUGAUAAGGCGGAAACAACCACCAAUUUCAUGAAAAAACCCAUCACAACACAAUCUCCAAGUGCUCCCAUUACAGAAGACUUUUCUCUUUUUCUUGAUCCUACUGUCGAAAUUUCCUAUUCUGAUUUUCCUGUAGAAGAAAGUUCUUUAUUUAAACUUCAAGAAUAUUGUUGGGAAGAUCAUGGUGUAGAGAUGGUGAGCCAUCCCAUACCGAAUGUAGGUGAACUCUUGGAUCAAGAAUUUAGUGAAAUUCGAGAUCUUACUGAUUACUGUUUAUUCCGUUCAUACACAAAAUCAAAUACCGAUUUGGAUACAACACCUUUACGACAAGCAAUUUGGUUUUACGUGUUACGUUUAUUUGGAUUAUUCAAAGACGAUUAUUCAUAUAAAGAUCUUGACCUUUUUCUUAAUAAUAAAUUUAAAUCUUAUAUAAGGAAAUUGUGUUGUACACCAGAAGACAUUACUAUUGACGAUUGGUUAGAUAUGGGAUUUGAAUUUAGUUCCGAAGAUAAAUGUCACGUAAACCUUAUUGCCAUUGAAGCACGUAAACAAGCGGAACUAGUUUACGGUUUAUGGAAUGUCAUGAAAUGGCGUUCAAGAGAUGAAACCGAAUAA